GGUCAGGAGUUUGCCUUUGGGGGGCGGAAAGAGGGAGAGAGCCUCCCCACACAUCUCCACCGGAAUCCAUGGGGGGCAGUCGCAUGCAUGCAACCUAGGGGCAACAUUGGGGGCCGAACAGCUGCAGCGCUUCCAUUGCACGAAGAUCCUCUUUGAAGCGCCCUCUGCCCCAGGAGUGGGGGUGGGAAGAGACGCCCUGGUGCAGAGGGGACCCCCGGGUGCCGGGGCUGAGAAAGCCGGCCUACCUCGCUGGGCUGCUGUGUGAGGACAAAAGGGGAGCAGGAGCAGGUGUUCCCUCCUCCCAAACGCCUUGGAGAAGAAAGCAGAUAAAAACAAGAGGUCUGGUGAACUUUGAGGAGGAGGAGGAGGAGGAGGCAGCAGCUGUGCAUUUCACGGAGGAGGAGUGGAUCUCCUGGAUCCGGGCCAAAGCGCUCCGCACAGGGAAGCCAUGGAGGAGAAUUAUGAGAUUGGAGCCUCUUUCAAAUCGGAGCUGAAUUCCUGUUUGGAAGACGGAGAGGAUCUUCUUCUUCAGGUUCCCAAAGAGGAGGAGACCUCAGCAGAACGAGACCUCGCUUCCUGUAAGGAAGAAGGAGAAAGUCUGUUUAUCCAGGUCAUCAAAGAAGUGGAGGAGACCUCAGCAGUGCUAGGCCUCAUUUCCUGUUGGGAAAGAGGAGAAGAAGAUCCACUUAUCCAGGGUCUCAAAGAAGAGGAGGCAGAGACAUCAGCAGAACCAGACCUCAUUUCCUGUUGGGAAGAAGGAGAAGAUCCGGUGAUGCAGGAACCCAAAGAAGAGGAGGAGACCUCAGCAGGAUACAUCUGGGGGGUCAAGGCUGAGGGAGAACCAUCUGAAGUAUCACUGGAAAAAGCUGAGGAGCACGUGCAGGAGCAGAAACUGAGGAGUCAAGAUGGAGCAAAGAGACAAGAGGAGAGACAGACUCACACAGGGGACAAACCUCAUACAUGCUUGGAGUGUGGAAAGAGCUUCAGAUGGAGUAACGCCCUUACUUCGCAUCAAAGAUGUCACACCGGGGAUAAACCUUAUAAAUGCUUGGAGUGUGGAAAGAGCUUCAGGUGGAGUAGCGACCUUACUUCGCAUCAAAGAACUCACACAGGGGACAAACCUUAUCAAUGCGUGGAGUGUGGAAAAAGCUUCAGUGAGAGAUGCACCCUUACUUUGCAUCACAGAACUCACACAGGGGACAAACCUUAUAAAUGCUUGGAGUGUGGAAAGAGCUUCAGUCAGAGUGGCCAACUUACUUCUCAUCAAAGAACUCACACUGGUGAUAAACCUUAUAAAUGCUUGGAGUGUGGCAAAAGUUUCUGUCAGAGUAGGGACCUUACUUGUCAUUACAGAACUCACACAGGGGACAAACCUUAUAAAUGCUUGGAGUGUGGAAAAAACUUCAGUCACAGUAGCAACCUUACUUCACAUCAAAAAUGUCACACCGGGGACAAACCUUAUAAAUGCUUGGAGUGUGGCAAAAGCUUCAGUCGGAGUAGCGAGCUUACUUCACAUCAAAGAACUCACAGAGGGGACAAACCUCAUAAAUGCUUGGAGUGUGGAAAAAGCUUCAGUCAAAGUAGCCACCUUAUGGUGCAUCAAAGAACUCACACAGGGGACAAACCUUAUCAGUGCUUGGAGUGUGGAAAGAGCUUCUGUCAGAAUAGCCAUCUUACUUCGCAUCACAAAACUCACACUGGGGACAAACCUUAUCAAUGCUUCGAGUGUGGAAAAAGCUUCAGAUGGAGUAGCGCCCUUACGGUGCAUCAAAGAAGUCACACAGGGGACAAACCUUAUCAAUGCUUCGAGUGUGGAAAAAGCUUCAGAUGGAGUAACGCCCUUACUUCACAUCAAAGAAUUCACACAGGGGACAAACCUCAUAAAUGCUUGGAGUGUGGAAAGUGCUUCAGUGAGCGAUGUGCCCUUACUUUGCAUCACAGAACUCAUACAGGGGACAAACCUUAUCAAUGUUUGGAGUGUGGAAAGAGUUUUUGUCAGAGUGGCCAGCUUGCUUCGCAUCACAAAACUCACACCGGGGACAAACCUUAUAAAUGCUUCGAAUGUGGAAAGAGCUUCAGUGAGAGUGGCCACCUUACUUUGCAUCACAAAACUCACACAGGCAACAAACCUUAUCAAUGCUUGGAGUGUGGCAAGAGCUUCAGUCAGAGUAGCAACCUUACUUCGCAUCAAAGAUGUCACACUGGCGACAAACCUUAUAAAUGCUUGGAGUGUGGAAAGAGCUUCAGGUGGAGUAGCGCCCUUACGAUGCAUCACAGAACUCAUACAGGGGACAAACCUUAUCAAUGUUUGGAGUGUGGAAAGAGCUUUUGUCAGAGUGGCCAGCUUGCUUCGCAUCACAAAACUCACACCGGGGACAAACCUUAUAAAUGCUUCGAAUGUGGAAAGAGCUUCAGUCAGAGUGGCCACCUUACUUUGCAUCAAAGAUGUCACACUGGCAACAAACCUUAUAAAUGCUUGGAGUGUGGAAAGAGCUUCAGUCAGAGUAGCAACCUUACUUCGCAUCAAAGAUGUCACACUGGCAACAAACCUUAUAAAUGCUUGGAGUGUGGAAAGAGCUUCAGGUGGUGUAGCGCCCUUACGAUGCAUCAAAGAAGUCACAUGGUACAAACCCUAUCAGUGCUUGGAGUGUGGAAAGAGUUUCAGUGACAGUAGCCACCUUACUUCGCAUCACAAAACUCAUAUAGGGGACAAAACUUAUCAAUGCUUCGAGUGUGGAAAGGGCCAUCGACCAUGGUAUCCUUGUGG